AUGACGGUCGACCUAACACAACCCCCAGAUGGACUCAUUGGAGGCUACCAGGGCAACAACACAAACGUCAAGAUCGUCGUCGUUACGUUCUCCUCGCUCGCUCUGUACAACGCGUUGGAAUUGAUCAUUCUCAUCUUCUUCACAUUCCAGCGCUACAAUGGGCUGUACUUCUGGACCAUGCUGCUAUCCGGCAUCUUCGGUGUCAUCCCCCACGCCGUUGGAUACCUGCUGGAAUUCUUCGGACUCGGUCCUGGAUGGCUGGGUGUGACGAUAUCGACAAUUGGCUUCUACUUCAUGGUCCCUACUCAAUCCAUCGUGCUCUACUCGCGACUCCAUCUGGUCAAUCAAAAUCGCAAGCUCCUCCGCUUCGUCCUUUGGCUUAUCAUAAUCGACACCAUUAUCCUCAUAGUUCCGACCACAGUCCUCACCUACUCCACCGUCUACGUCCGUUCGACUUCGAUAGUCAUGGGUUACAAUGUCAUGGAGCGGAUGCAGGUCGCCUGGUUCUGCGCGCAGGAAAUCCUCAUCUCGUCGAUUUACAUCUGGGAAACGUCCAAACUCUUACACCUCCGGCCGGAAAAGAACACCCGCCGCACCCGCGUUCUCUACGAGCUCCUCGCGAUCAACCUCAUCAUCAUCGCCAUGGACGUUGCUCUUCUCGUGCUUGAAUACAUUGGAUUGUGGUACCUGCAGACGACACUCAAGGCCGCUGUGUACAGCAUCAAGCUCAAGCUCGAAUGUGGAGUGUUGCGCAAACUCGUCGAGAUCGUGCAGCCCCACCGACAAGAUACAAGCUCCACGGAGCAGGAGCAGUUCCCGGCGUUUGUCAAUCCAGAGAACAUCGUCGGCGAUGUCACGCACGCUGCUCCUGCACAACGGCUCCAACAUUACCCGUGGGCCAACUCCGUCGAGAGUUUUGGCCUCUCGGAUCGCAGACGCGCGGCCUCUGUUGCGUCUACGUUCUCUCAACCUACUAACCCGCCUCCCUGA